AUGGCCACCAGCACCCGCCCUGGAGUUGAGAGUUCUCUCACCAGUCUGCACUUUCAAGGCGAUGCUGCACUUGUUGGUGAAGUACUCACCAGCCACUCCUUGUUGAGUACGCGGGAGCUUAGGUCUCGGCCACUGUACCUCCGCCGGGCUACAUUGACGCCGGACAAUGCCAGUAGCUCCUCUGCUUUGCUACUUAAGCCUUCGCCCGCGCGGUUCAGUUCAGUUCUCUCCGGUGACUGCACGCGAGUAAUGCCUUCUGCAACUGAGUUGAAGGAUAGGGGCAAUACUUUCCUUCAACAGGGCAAGUAUGACAAUGCCAUUGAUUGCUACACCUCUGCCAUUGAGUUGGACCCCAAGAACCACGUUUUGUACAGUAAUAGGUCUGCUGCGUACGCUAAGGUUGGACAGUACGAAGAUGCUCUUAAAGAUGCUGAAGAGUGCGUUAAGCUAAACGCCUCCUGGGCAAAGGGGUAUUCACGUAAAGGCGCUGCUCUUGAGUUUUUGAAAAGAUUUGACGAGGCCGAGAAAGCGUACAUGAAAGCCGCUAAGUUGGAUCCAUCCAACGUGUCCAUUCUCGAAAGUCUAACUAGUGUUCGCGCUCGCGUAGCUUUGAAAGACCUAAAGAGUCGUGUUCAAGCCCAUCCAACACUGAAAGAUCUCCUCAAUGAUUCUGUGUACGUACGUAAUCUGGAGCUUCUUGAGAAGAAUCCCGAGAUGUUAGGUUUAUUGAUGAAAGACCCGAAAAUCAUGAAGACUAUCACUACCCUUUUUCAUGUUGAUGAACCAAUGGAAACCGAUCCAUCAGACUCUCCCAGCCCUUCACCCCCACCACCUCAAAAAGACCCGGAACCCAAACCGCAAUUGAACGAGGAGGAGAGUUCGGCAUUGAAGGAGAAAGAACUAGGCAACGCAGCGUACAAGAGCAGGAAUUUCCCAUCUGCUAUCGAGCACUAUGAAAAGGCGUUUCAGUUGAAUCCGAAAGAUAUCACCUUCUUAACGAACAAAUCCGCCGUUUACUUUGAAAUGGGUGACUUCGCAGAGUGUAUUAAGACCUGUGAGAAGGCAGUCGACUUAGGACGCGAUUUGCACGCCGAUUAUAAGCUGAUCGCCAAGGCGUUGUCAAGAAUUGGUCACUGUUAUGAAAAGCAGGAGGAUUGGGCUAAUGCCAAGAAGUACUACGAUAAGGCUCUCUCAGAGUUCCGCGCCCCUGAUAUUAUCAAAAAGAGUCAGGCGUUGGACAAGAAGUUGAAGGAAAUGGAGAAACAGGCUUAUAUCGAUCCAGACCUUGCCGAACACGAAAAGCAGUUGGGUAAUACGGCCUUCUCAAAUGGCGAUUUUCCAGCAGCCAUGAAGCACUACUGCGAGGCAAUAAAGCGGAAUCCGAAUGAUCCGAAACUCUAUAGUAAUCGCGCUGCAUGCUACUCGAAGUUGAUGGAGUUUUCGUGUGCGUUAAAGGAUUGUGAGACGUGCAUCACGCUGGACCCGAAGUUUAUCAAGGGGUAUCUACGUAAGGCUGCCUGCCUGAUGGCAAUGAAGGAUGUUACGCAGGCAAGAAGCGCCUAUAGAAAGGCCCUGGAACUGGACCCCAACUGCGAGGAGGCUCGGAGCGGUCUGCUGCGUUGCAUGAGCGCUGAACCCGACGAGGAGUCGGCACGUCAACGUGCGGCAAAUGAUCCGGAGAUCCAAGCCAUCCUCAGCGAUCCCGCGAUGCGUCUAAUCCUUAAUCAAAUGAGCGAGGACCCGAGCGCAUUGCGGGAGCAUCUGCAAAAUCCCGAGAUUGCAGAGAAGCUUGCCAAGCUGGUGGAUGCGGGUAUCAUUGCACUGCGCUAG